UGGGCUGGAUUGGGUGUCACUCACUCCGAUCCUAUUGUUUAUUGUAACACCAUCACUCUGGCUGUCCCAGGAAUCCAAACUCACCUCACUGGUCACAAGUGAAGACGAGAGAGUCCUGCUCUGUCAAAGAAAGCUUCAAGGUUUCCACUCUGUUUCAUUUGGACCAAGAAGACUGCUUCCCAUAACUGUAUCAGGAGAAUAAAAGAGACUUCUCUAGAUCAGUUUUUUCUAAACCACUUCUUAGUGUUUCAUCCUGCCUUCACCCUCCUCUAGUCUGAGUCAGAGCUCCAGCAGCCAGAUGGAGCCCGAGUCCUCCCUAAAUCACGGCAUCCCGCCUGAUUUAAAUGGCCAUUAUCACUUUGGUUAUGGUGGAGCCAUCAGAUCUGAGCACAUUACCGGUCAACAACGUUAUAACAAUACUGGCAGAAGGAAAAGUAAAGUUCGUCUCAACGACCAGCUCAUACCAAAACCAACUGAUAUAAAUAUGGCGGAGAAAAUGAUAAAGAUAGCAACUCCAAAACAGCAUCCCUUUUCAUCCCACAUCUCCCAGUUUGCAAUGUUCCCAUCCUUCCGCUCUCCAGAUGACCCUGAGACAGGAGUCAGAGCCGCCUCCCAACCUUUCCUCAACCACCUCAUCCCAAACUGUGCGCCAGACGUCACUCUGCUGAGCAAAACUAUAGGUAGUGCAUACAGACAUGAGGUCUUGGAUACAUCCAUGAAAACCAGGAAGAAAGCUGUAACGUGGAGCGGCGAACACGGUUUCUUGGAUCAUACAAAGCCAUUGAAGGGAGAGAACCAGGUUUUCUACCCCAUUCCUCCAAAGACAGUGCUGCCCAACGGUAAACUACGUGACUGGGAUUUGUCGCUAUCUGAGCGGACAAGCAACAUGCUGAAAAAUCUGGAGAGGUCACACUGGGUCACCUCAUACCAAAUGCACCACACAGGAUCGGGGCCAGCAAAUCCUCUUCAGAUGGAUGACUUCAAGGAAAAAAUGUGUGCCAUUACUGGGAUGAAUUCACACACUGCACCACUGAGAGAAAGGUCCUUUCCUGUGUUUGUUCCCUCUAAGCCCAGAGGAGGAUGGAGAAGAAGACAGGGGAGCACCUGCAGCCCUGCUGCUGCUGAACUCACAAAUCUAUCUCCAGCUCCAAACCAAGGCACUGCUGCUAUAAACCAGCAUAGGCCACAAGAGAUCACAGCUAAGUAUAAUGAGGCACCAGAUCCAAACCAAAGGGGUCAUCAUAGUCAAUCAAAGUACAGUUCUGGCUCCACAGAAGCACGGAGCGCUGAGCCGUCCCAGGAGGUCUUACACAAACAACAAACUGAGAGCUCUGCGUAUGAGGGCAGGAUGAGAGAAAACUGCAAAUUCCAGCUUGAUGGAAGUCCAAUAGAAGUAUCCGUGUCACAGAGCAGCCGGGAGGCUAACGCUGCCCGGAACGCAGGUAAAGAGCGACCCCUGGACCUGUGCAACUGCCCACUUUCCCAGGAAGAGAUGGAGGUCAACAGGAAGAAAAGCUUGAUUGAGCCGUGUGUGAAGGAUGAACCAAGUAGCAAAAAUGAGUAUUUUAAAGAUGAAAGAAAUGUAUCUAGCAUUAGUCAGUCAUCUAUGGCCAAAGACCUGGCAGGUAUUGAAUCACAUGUUAAGUUAUCAUCAAGGGCAGCUCCAUGGCAUGAGACGCUGCCUCACAGUAUCUGUACACCCUGCAUCCUGCCGAGGCCUCCUGUCCUGCCUGGCAUUCGCCCAGAGGACAGAGUUGAGACUUUGGGUAGAGAAGGAGCAGCUCUCUGCCUCCUGGACCUGCAAAAUUCUUUCAGUAAGACGAAGGCCCAUCGUGAUUUUAACAACUCCAUCACACGUGCUGCUGUGAACCUGAGGGACAACGUAGUCACGGGGAAGAAACAUGACUUCUAUGGGAUCAACUGUUACUACCUGCAUGGAUAACCUACUGUAAUAGACAUGAAUUCUUACAUCCUGGCAGCAAUUAAUAGUCGUGAUGAUUUGAAUCUCAGAAGCAAGCGAAUACCUAAAAUGUAACUACUGAAUACUUAAAGGACCAGUGUAGAAUUUAGUGGUGUAGCUGUGAGGUUGCAAUCUGCAAAAAUGAAAACACAACGAUUCUUGGUGAUUAUACACUACUGAAAACAUAGUUAUGGAUAUUAUAUUCCAUUUCUAAAAUCCCCCUAAAUCCUACACACUGGACCUUUAAUGUUGAGUUUAUAGCAUUGGAAUAUUUUACUUUGAAAAUCAUUUACAAUGAGGCUGAAAAAUGUCUUGUAUAUACUCAUAAUAAAAUAGUUUGUGAUUAAUUUUUCCAGACUGUUUUUUUAACCUCAGUACUUAGUAAACAGCCAAUUUGUAGAAUAAUAUUAAUUUACUCUUUGCUUCUAGGCAUUUCAUUUGCAAUAUUCAUUAGAGCUCAGGAUGUAUUAGAAGAAUGGUCUUAUAUAAGGCUCCCAUAAGCCACAGUUGAUUGUAAGGGUGAAAUAAAAGGAACAGCCUUCAAAGCUCACUGUGGGUUCAGCACUGCCUGUACUGUCCACACAGAAGGAAUAUUCAGCGGCUGUAAAUUCAUAAUGCUGCACAGAUGAAUACUUUGGUCUUUACUGGAACCUUUCUAAUUUUACAGGAAGAAAACUUCUAUGAAGAUGAUUUCCCCCCCCCCUCAAUAUGUCACACAGAGAUCAGCACAGAACAUUGUGCUGGCUGUGUUAUGGAAUCCACCUCUCUGCGUCGUAGGUGCUGCAGUAACCUUCUAGCUCGCCAGUGUGAAAAGGAAAAAAUGCCUUUUCGCACGUAAUCUUGUUGCAGUCAGGCUGACUCUCUGUGAAAGGUUUUUUUUUGUGUGACAGAGUCCUUGAGCAGCAAGCCUGCAGCCUUGUGUGAUAUAACAGCCUCUCAUUCAGACGUUCAGAAAAGAAAAAAGAUAAUACAGCAAAAUAGACCGGUACAAUUUCUCUUCCUGAAUAUUGUGGCAAGCUGUGAGGCUAUAACUAAAAUAAGAUUAAUGGUGUUGUAAUUGUUUUUGUUUGUUUCUUUUUUUGCUUACUAUGCAUGUGCAACACAACCUGCAUUUAUAUAUAUAUAUAAAACAUGCACUUGUGUUGCAUUCAAGGUCACAUAUAUUUUCAAACCUGCUUAGUCACUCACUAUGCAUAUGCAAAUAUCUCUCAUCUCAGAAGUUGUUUGCAAAAGCUAUUUUUCAUGCUACAUAUUUCUAAUUAUGCCAUGAGCACGACUGAAAAGCUGUGAUUCAACACUAUGUCCAGCAGGUGGCAGCAUAUCAUAGUUUUUGGCCCCCCAUGCUCUGUCAUUUAU